AUGGCCGAAUCAACCUCAACCCUGAUGCCGACUGACGAUUGGGGUCGACGACGACGACAACGUGGCAACAUCAUCCCGAUGACAUCGAAGACGGCGUCCUCUUGUUCAGGUUAUCAAGGAAUGAGCCUGUUUCGUUGGAUCACACCACCGACAAGAGACAAGACAAUGAAAUCGGAUCCAUUCUGCUGGUGGCGUAUUUGCAUUUUGACUGGGAGAUGUGUUCAUUUGGAAUUCAAGCUAGAUCUGCAAGACCUCAAAGUUCUCAGCAACUUAUUCAUCUACGUGUGA